AUGAAGUUCUUGAACUUAGCCGUCUUGACUGCGCUCGGCUUGGCCAGCGCCGCCGUCGCUGCGCCUGCGCCCGAGGUACCGACAAUAACUAUCAAUCUUGCAUUUCCUUCAAAGACAGCAGUUAUGAUAGAAAAACGUUCAACGAAAUCCACUACCUGCACAUCAAGCAAGAAGACAACCACUAGCUGCACUUCUACUAAAAAGACAACAACAUCAUGCACUAAAACAUCAACAUCCAAAACCACCACCUCUUGUACAUCCUCAAAGGCGACCCCGGUUGUUCAAGUAGCGAAAUUAGUGGCAACUACGGCAACGACGGAAGCACCUAAACCGGCGACCACAACCACUACCACAACCACAACCACAACAACGACAGUUUGUAAAAACACGAUCACUGUGCCUUUCCCGACAAUGGACGAAGGCACACUUACAGUUUACGCCUCCACAUCCUACACUAUCAAAACAGUAGAGUGUACGAAAGGAUGUCAGAUAGCUGUUGAAACUGCGCCAAGUUUGAAUAAAUUGCCUGAUCCUACGAAGACUGUUACCGUUUCGUACACAAUAAGGACAUUGCAUUCGUGCUCUCCGACAGCCAACGCCAAGAAAUGGAGGGCGUGA